AUGUUCGAAGACUUCUCAUUCUCAUCGCCCUCCUCGCGCCCAACAAGACUAGCCCUCGACCCAGAAGAGCGCCUGAUGGUCGACAAUGACAGUCUAAUCUCCCCGCUCUCUUCACGCUGUCCCUCGCCGCAAUCGCGCUUCCGCCGCCGCCGCACCCAACCGCCAACAUCAGUCCCCUACCCGUACGAGGCACACGCCCAAACUAAAAACCACAACCGCCUCUCCAUCUCAACCCUCACCCAAAAACUCCACGAACACACCCUCUCCCCUCACGCAUCACACCCAAACCCCAUUGCACCACCCCGCACAGGCUACGUCCUCACCCCGCCCGACACAGACCACGACGACGAUCUCUCUCUCUCAUCGGCCUCAGCGUCUAGCCCGACCUUUCCAGAUGCCGACGCGGACUUCGGCCUCGCACCGCCGCCAGACAUUCGCUCACAGAGACAGCAUAUCUCGCGGAUGCAGUGCAACGAGAGUUCCGUAGAAGCGAUGCGGAGUCUACUGGAAGAAGACGAAGACGAGUGCCAUCCUAGUUCAUUGCCUGUGCGGGCGUCGCCGAGACGGAGGCUUGCGAGGAGUCGGUUUGGGCCUGAGGAGAGGCGGAGGAAGAGUUCUGCGGGGGUUUUGGCUAGUCGGGUUGAGAAGGGGAGUGGGCAUCAUGGUGGGCAUGGACAUCAUGCGAAUGCUUUUGGGAAGAGGGAUGGAGUUGGGUUGAGGAGGAAGAGUCUAGUUAGUGCUGCUUUGGCUUCGAUGGUUGAGCGGGAUGAUUAG